AUGAACCAAGUGCAGACUUCGGCAGCAUUCGAGCCACGAGCUCGGAACCAUUCGACGCUCAUUAGCACCGAUCGGUUACCUCAUGAACACGUGGCACAAGAACCAGAGUUGUCACAUGAGCAAGAAAACCUAAGUAGCAGUAAUAGGGAGUGGUUGGAGAACAGCCAAGUUGAGACUUCGGCAGCCUUCGAGCAUCAGGCUCGGAACAUUCCAACGCUCAUUAGCACCGAACCGCUACCCCAUGAUGACACGUCACAAAAUCAAGAUCUGACGCACGGACAGAAGGAGACGAUGAGUCAGCCCUGCACAUCACGAGAGAGCAUGAUGCGUGCAACACAGCAGCGCGCAUGCCAGCCGCCGCGUACGAAGACACCCAGCCGCAGCCGCCCGCGCCGUCGUGGUUCCCGCCGACGAGCACAGUCGUCAGCACACACGCAGGUCACAUUGGACCACAUGGCAGCGCCACAUACAGCAGUGGUUAUGCAGAGAGGUACAGCAGAGAAACGAAAAGCGACGCAGCUGAUAAAUAAGAACCCCAGCAGCACUGUUAGCUGCACUUAUGGCGAGCGCACUCCCGACGCUGACGGAUGUCAGCACAGCUUGGCGCCCAGGGUUUGCGCUAUGAACCUACGACUGACCGAGACAUGGCGCAGUGAGUGCGGCACUAGUCGGAUUAGGUCUGGCACCUGGUCGCUCGGGUCGCCUGUCUGGAUGAUAGGUCGAUAG